AUGAAGAAGAAAUCUGUCUACGCGAACAUCACCCCGAUCCCCCCGCACAUUCCCCGCCAAUUGGCCAUCGACAUGCUGCACAGUCACGGCGAGAUCAUCGAACUGAACCCGCUCGUGCUCGGUUUCACCGCGAUCAAGGCUCCUCAGAAUGCACCCGCCGACGAAUACUUUUCCACCUGGUACGAGAUCACUGAACGGAUACAAUAUGUGCCGGGCAUGGGGAGGAUGGGGUCGGGCAAGAUAUCGUUCAAGGGUGUGUUCCACGACAUGCCAUGGGGACUGCAGACACACGUCUAUGCGCCCAUGGGGGUGGACAUCCGCAACAAAUGGCAGAUUCGAGGCAACCAGCCCGGUGAACCUCCCGAGUCUAGGGAACUGGGAAGUGGUGCGCCUGCCGAGGGACUCUACCUGAGGGAGGAUAUAGAAAUAAAAUGCAAUCCCGCAAUGAUCUCCUUUGUCAAGAAGGAGCUCAAAGCUGCCUCCAAGAUCAUGGUCGACCGCCUGGUCAAGAAAGCCGAGCUGAUCGACUCGGGACAGCUCAGCGCCAUGAUGGAGGACGGAAAACUCAAGACCAUGAACCCGGCCGAUAGGUCGCAGACAUUCCAGUCCUCGUCGGGGCACUAUUCCCCAUCCCUCCUGUCCCCGAACCAGCCGCAUAUCCCACAGCCUCCCAUGUCGCCGGGGUACCAAUACUCCUCCGCCUACGCCAGACAGUCCCAGUAUGGCAGCAACAAUCCGACCAACAGCUUCGCGCCUCCUCAGGGCCUCGCCAUCGAAAUGCCCGGCAGCACGUCCUACGUGGCAGAGCAGUCGACGCGGCUGGCUCUACCCAACCGCUUCUCCCAGACCGUCUCCGAACUCUCAGCCAGUUCACCCAACCAGAGCAAUUUCCCGCUCCACAACAGCAGUGCAUCGGACCGACAAAGCUACGCAGGCUCCGUCAGUUCGCAUCCAAGCUCCUACGACCAAAGCGGCAACAUGGCUUCCCCGGGCCUCGACAAACGAUCCUUUGUCGCAGAGUUACCCGCCAGCAACGGAUCUCUUCCGAACCAUUCAGCAGGUCCACCGCAGCGUUCGCCUGGGUCGACACCAGACCCGAAUCCUAGCUCGUCACCCGCGCUGCAGCAGUACCGAUACAACCCACGGGACUACGCCAGGGUAUCCUGA